AACUCGGUUGCCACCUCCGAUAUGCCGAUCCCCUCCUCACGCCUUGGCCCAAACUCUCGUUGUGCAAAUUGAGUUAGACAUGAGCGCGUCAGGCUCGCCACGAGGCGAUACGUUACUUGACGAGGACGACUGGCUCUCGUGGCUACACCAUCAUGACGAGGUCCUGGACACCAAUCACGGGCUCAAUAGCGGGACGGCGAAUACAGAAGCCGAUGUUACCGACGACGGCCCGUCCCGGACAGGGUUGCACCCCCUAUCAAUCGAAACUUUGGAAUCCAUAGAUUGCACAGCUUCUGGGGAUCUCCCAUCCAGUGACACUUUGGCUGAAGAUGUCUCAUGGCUAUCGUCUAGCGGAUACUAUGGUGCACCAUCAGAUUCCUCGGUGGGCUCUGUGGAAUCACUGACUUCACCGAUUGCAUCGGCUUCUCGACUGAGACGAAGAAGGAGGCAGACACGUCAGAAUAUCAACACCACAAGAGAAAGAGAAACUGCCAAGCGACGAUACCAGUGCACCUUUUGCACGGAUGCUUUUAAAACGAAGCAUGACUGGCAAAGACAUGAGACAACCAUGCACUUGACUCUUGAGCAAUGGAAAUGCUCAAGAUAUGGCCCAACAAUACAGCAACCAGAUGGCAAUUCGUACUGUAUCUUCUGCAACUGUCCCAAUCCCUCGACAGAACAUCCAGAGCUUCAUAACUACUCAGCCUGUGCUGCCCAACCAGAAUCCGCACGACUAUUCCACCGCAAGGAUCACUUGCGGCAACAUCUGCGACUCUUUCAUCAAGGCUGCAACUUCAACGACUCCAUGAAAAGCUGGCUUUCGUCAAUAGAUGAUGUGAGAUCCAGAUGCGGAUUUUGUGAUGCUCAACUGGGCACUUGGACCGAGAGACAGAAGCAUCUUGCUUUACACUUUCGCGCAGGUGCAGACAUGAGAGAAUGGAAAGGUGACCGCGGUUUCGACCAACAGAUUGAAGAACUCGUGGAGAACGAUAUGCCCGCCUUCUUGAUUGGCGAUCAGCGCCGAACCAUGGAGCCAUUCUCUGCCUCGCGGGUAGAUCAUCGUGUGGAUACGGCAACGCUUGAAAGAGUCAGAGGUUCCUCAUUCUCACCAGGAAGUACAGAGGCUGUUGUUACAGUAUGUAUCUACUGA